AUUUAUGAAAUGAAAUUAAAAAGAAAAUUUCUUCAAAUAUUAUUUUUUUUUGGAAAAAGGAGGGGGGGGGGGGGGUCAAUUUUUAUUCCUCAAGAUUUAAUUAAUUGUCAAUUUUCCAAAGAAAAAUUUGGGGUCACAAUUCUUUGUAUAUAGUCUGAAAACAGAUUUACUAAAUAUUGCGCAACAGCACAGUGCAUUGCACAAAAGCAAGAAAUUUUCAAUUGAAUAUAAAUUCAAAUCAUAUAACCAAUUUCAAGUUCUUUGACUACAUUUAUUCUGUGUCAGAAACCUAUAAUGUGUCAAAUAUUUAAUUACAAGCCAACUUCAGACCUGUAUCAAGCUUGAAUAUUGUGUCCAUUUUUGCCCAAACUGUUCAUGGUUGGACCUCUGCGGUCGUAUCCAGCUGCGCUCUGCGAAGCAGUUUAUUGAAUAUUUGUUAUUGCCCCCUAGAUAUUUUCGUAAUACUUUCAACCCCUUGUAUCACUCAACUAAGUUUUAUUUAAUUUUGCGGAAAAUGGCGACAAAUGAAGCAUCAGUAAAAAAUGAGGAAAAUCACGAGACUGUUUGUGGAACUACAUAUAUUCGUGCAUACAGAAGGGGGCAUCAUCAUUGUCUAGUGAUGUAUAUCCAACCUCAUUGUUAAACGGUACUCUGAUUUAUAAUAAUCAUUGACAUAUCUUUUAUGUUUUUUGUCAUAGACUUAUUGAAGAAAACGACUUUAUUUUUUAGAUUGAGGAUGCAUGUAGAGAUUGCCUUAAUAAAUAUGUUGAAGAUGUUUCAGCUGAUGCACGAAGACACAUUAGUGAUAAGUACGAGUACUUUAUUUCAAACACAGAAGAUAAUCCUAGUGUAUUCCAGCUAAUACGACAAAAUCUCUUGAACUUAGCCAAAACAAUGAAAACGUGGAAUAAAGACUAUCCUAUUAAAUUUAUUCAGUUGGAAAAAUGUCUACGAGAGAAAAAGAAGGAGUUACCAAUUAUUACCUUGAAUGAUAUUAAGCAAAUAUCUACUGAAACACCAAAUCCAUUAAACCAUGAAGAACUUAUGUUAUAUUUAAAUUUUCAUCAUGAACUCAGAGAUUUGGUUUAUUUUGAGGAUCUUCCAGAUUAUAUCAUUUUAGAUACUCAAUGGUUGUCGGAUACUUUUAAAUGUAUAAUAACAGCAGAGAAAUUUCAAUCAGGUCCCAGUCGGCAUCUUUUUACGGAUGAAUGGAAUGAUUUAAAUAUUAGAGGAAUAUUACAUAGUGUGGUUUUGGACCAAAUAUUAGAAACAAAUAAGAAAAUCUUUAAAUUUGUGGAAAAGCAAAACGUGUUUCAACAUAAAGAUCAUAUACUGAAAGUCAUGGAGAAAUUUGAUAUUAUAAUACGUCCAACUGUAUCAGACAGAGAUGCCACUGAUUUAAAACCUUGCUAUUACAUACCUUGCAUGGUUAAAAAGGUACCUGACUGUCCUAUAAACAAACAAUUUUAUGUGACAGAAAAAAACUGUACAAAAUCCACUUGGUUAUGUUUCAAAUUUAAAUUUCUACCAGGACAUUUAAUUAAUCAUUUGAUUGCUUCACUGAGCCGGAAGUACGACAUUGCAGAAGUACCUGUCCGUGGACAAACAAAACGGCCAAUUGCUCUUUUCAGAGGAACGAUCGUCUUUAAGUUACAGAAGACUUCAAAAUUACUUGUGAUGACAUAUCCAAAUGUUAUUCAGAUUCAGGUUUGGGAUUUUGGGAAACAUUGUAACAUUGAAAGGUGUUUUUUCAAGGACAUUGAUGAUUUUGUUACAGGAGAAAUAAACACUAUAAUAAGAAAAAGAUUCAAAAUGACAACUGUAAAAUUUGACAAAAUGUUGGGAUGUAGCCUUGCAGAACCGGACUGUGUGACAGGAUUUUAUGAGCAGGAAGCAGAUUAUUUCUGUGAGAUGUGUACAGAAACACAUAUCAAUGAAUGGUCUGAUCAUGCACCGAUAAAGCUGACCGAGAUUUCUGAAAAAACUCAACAUGUUCCAGGAUCUAAUCCUUGCAUAGAAAACACCAGUCAACUCCAAAGUACAUCCACAAAGGUGCGUGUCAGUGUCAAACGUGGUAAGAGAGAUUAUUCAAAUAUUUCUGAAGAGCCACCAAGUAAACGCAAUUUGAGAGAGUUCACCACAGAGCAGAUCAAUUUUACAAAGAUGGGAAUAAUUGUGCUUAAUAUUCUUGCUGAUGCUUCAUAUGACCUAUUAAAACAAGAUAUACCAAAUCUACAUCCGAGGAGCGAUUGUGAUAUAACAUACUUGUACAAGGAGCACAGGAAACUAAACAAAAAUAUUCCAACUAAAGGAUGGGGAGGGAAUUGGCAAACCAUGCAGGUUACAGACAUAGCUAUUGGAGAUGAUAUUGAGCGCAUAAGACUUACAAGGAAUGAACUACAACACUCACGGGCAGCUGAACUUGGAGAUACACGUUUUAAUGAGUUGUGUAACAUAUUAAGUGAUCUUUUAAAAAGGUUUGAUCAACUUAACAAACCAGCAAGACUUUAUACAGAUCACCUAAAUGAAAUUUUGGCUAAAACUAUUUCUGCUGAGGAAGUUCAAUCAAUUGAAAAUGAAAUAUCAGAAAUGGAUAUUGAAGUUGAAAUUAUUCCAACACAAUAGAGAAAUAAGCUCAUGCGCAGUUUUUAUUGCAAAUAGUAAUUUAUAAACUUUAUUAGAAAUUUACAUACUACCUACCAUACCAACUUAUUGGCAGUAGACUGAUCAGUUUUGUUUACGAGGCCUUCGUCCUAGUAUUGAGAUAAACAGCUACCAAUUAAAGUCUGUCUUAAACUGUCUCUUCAUAGAGUUAUAAAAAGGAACCUGAUGCAAAAGUCAACCAAACUGAUUAUUCAUAGAGUUAUGGAAUUUGAUUGCCAAGAUGAAAUAAAGAACAAAACUGUCUAUUCAUAGAGUUUAGGAAUGUUUAAUGGCUAUGAUGAAAUAGUGAAUCAAACGCUAUUCGUAGAGUUAAAAAGAGUAAUGGUCAAGAUUAAAUAGUGUACCAAACUGUCUAUUCGUAAAGUUACAGAAAGUAACAGAAAGUAAUGGUCUAGAUGUAAUAGUGUACCAUAGUCGAAAUAUUGGACACAACUUAAAAUGUGAACCUAUAUUGGACUGUCUCGUUAUUAUUUAUAGUUUUUCAUUACUUGCAGCAAACCUGUAAUGUAACUAUUGCUAACACUAAACUCGUUAUGUACAGAACUAUUUUAAAAAUGUGUUUAUCAGUAUGUUUUGAGUGUAAAAAGUGUUUGUUAAUGUGUUG